AUGGAAAAUAUCAUGAAUUCGGUAAAAAGUAUAGCCCUUGGUGUUGGUGAGUAUUUAACACCUGUACUUCGGGAAUCAAAAUUCAAGGAAACAGGCGUGUUAAAUCCUGAAGAAUUUGUUAUUGCCGGCGAUUACCUCAUACAUCAUUGUCCAACUUGGUCGUGGGGUCAAUUAGAACCGUCAAAAGCCAAACCAUAUCUGCCUACAGACAAGCAGUUCUUGAUCACACGUAAUGUGCCAUGUUUUAGUCGGUGUAUGGAUAUGGAAUAUGACCCAUCACAAGAAAAGAUACUGAAAGGUAAAGAGUGGAACGAAGAAGGUGAUUUCACUAAUGUGGAGGAUGAUGAAGGAUGGAUUGAUACUCACCAUUAUAUGCUAGAUUCAAGUCAGAAACCUGUAUCGAUGUUCGAAAUAUCCAAAACGGAAUCUUCUGAGUCAAAACAGUUGGAGGAGCCGGAGGACGACGAUGAAAGACCAUCGAUGGAUAUGGAUGCGUUUGUAGCUGAAGGUGGUCUCGAAGAAGACGAUCCUUACAGAUUUGUUGAAGAAAAUAGAAAUCACACAGAAGGUGACACGGAUAACGUCUUGCACACACGUACUUAUGAUCUCCACAUAACUUACGACAAAUAUUAUCAGGUACCUCGUCUUUGGUUGUGUGGAUACGAUGAAAACAACAAACCGCUUACUGUCGAUAAAAUGAGUGCAGAUUUUUCGCAGGAUCAUAUUAAUAAAACAAUUACAAUGGAAUCCCAUCCAUAUUUUCGCACUGCAAUGGCUUCCAUUCAUCCUUGUAGACACGCGGAAGUAAUGAAGCGUCUUAUUGAGCAGCUUGCUGAAUCAGGAAAAGAGCUGAGCAUUGAUCAGUAUCUCUUUAUAUUCCUCAAAUUUGUUCAGGCAGUGAUUCCAACGAUAGAGUAUGACUAUACACGAAGUAUUCAACUUUAA